CGGACCAGGGUUAUUAAGACAGGCCUAGUAUUUAAGUUUCUCUCGUGCUCUGGCUCUACGGUUUCGGUGCUCCUCCCUCCUCUCGCCCUUCGGUUGCUGCUUCUGAACCGAGUUCCACUACUCGUCGCAUGGCCGGCUCUCUGUUGAUUCAAGACGAUAAUACAUGGCUGUACGAUAUUUUACGCGAACAAAAACAGAUUAAAAAAGAAAAAGUCGUGGAACGGGGCGGAAUACCGUCAAAAGACGGCGCGCUUCUAAUUACAGAUUCACAUUGUCAGCAGAGACCUCUAACCACCGUGCUUUGGCAUCGACUGUCAAUUUCUCCGCGAAGUAAUUCGACAUUGGCAACCAAUCUGACGAUCAUUCGAGAUCUGCCAAGAACACAACGUUCAUCACGCGGAAGAUCGAAGAUCGCUUCUUGGACAGGAUUGGCCACUUUACGCCCGGGUAACAGGUCAACCAGGACGAAAGAUAAUGGGACCGAGCGUAGCCCGAAAGGAACAAGAUAG